AUGCAGAUGCUCACAAAGUUCGAGUCCAAAUCCAACCGCGUCAAGGGCAUCGCCUUCCACCCGCGCCUCCCGCUCUUGGCUUCCUCGCUCCACAACGGCUCCAUCCAGCUAUGGAACUACCAGACCGGCACCAUCUACGACCGUCUCGAGGAGCACGAUGGCCCCGUUCGCGGCAUCUGCUUCCACCCUUCUCAGCCCCUCCUCGUCAGCGGCGGUGACGACUACAAGAUCAAGGUGUGGAAUCACAAGACCCGCAAGUGCCUCUUCACCCUCAACGGCCAUCUCGACUACGUCCGCACCGUCUUCUUCCACCACGAGCACCCCUGGAUUCUCAGCGCCUCCGAUGACCAGACCAUUCGCAUCUGGAACUGGCAGAGCAGGACCUGCAUCGCCAUCCUCACUGGCCACAACCAUUACGUCAUGUGCGCACAGUUCCACCCCAAGGACGACCUCAUCGUCUCCGCCUCGAUGGAUCAGACCGUUCGCGUGUGGGACAUCAGCGGACUCCGCAAGAAGAACACAUCGGCACAGCCCAUGAGCAUCGAGGAGCAGAUUGCACGCGCCAAUUCCGGUCAGGCCGACCUCUUUGGCAACACCGACGCCAUGGUCAAGUACGUCCUCGAGGGCCACGACCGCGGUAUCAACUGGGCCUCCUUCCACCCCACCUUGCCCCUCAUCGUCUCCGCCGGCGACGACCGCCAGAUCAAGCUCUGGCGCAUGUCCGACUCCAAGGCCUGGGAGGUCGACACCUGCCGCGGCCACUUCAACAACGUCUCCUCCGCCCUCUUCCACCCGCGCCACGAGCUCAUCAUCUCCGACGCAGAGGACAAGACCAUCCGCGUCUGGGACAUGGGCAAGCGCACCGCCGUACAGACCUUCCGCCGCGAGUCCGACCGCUUCUGGGUCCUCACCGCCCAUCCCACCUUGAACCUCUUUGCUGCCGGCCACGACAACGGCCUCAUCGUCUUCAAGCUCGAGCGCGAACGCCCCGCCUUCUCCGUGCAUCAGAACACGCUCUACUACAUUCGCGACAAGCAGGUCCGCUCGCUCGACUACGCCACCGGUGCCGACCAGGCCCUGCUCAGCGUAAAGCGCCUCGGCAACCAGUACAUCCCUCCGCGCACCCUCAGCUACAACCCGGCAGAGCGCUCCGUCAUCGUCACCUCGGUCAGCGGCGACCAGGGCACCUUUGACGUCGCACCGCUCCCGCGCGAGGCCGGCGGCGACCUCGCCGAGUCGUCCAGCGUCGGUAAGCGAGGCCAGGGCUCCAGCGCCAUCUUUGUCGCACGCAACCGCUUCGCCGUGCUCGACAAGGCCGCCCAGACCAUCGAGAUCCGCGACCUCAACAACGCCGUCACAAAGACCAUCACGCCGCCUCAGCCCACCAACGAGAUCUUCUUUGGCGGCACCGCCAGCCUCAUCCUCAGCACCGCCACCGGCGUCAUCCUCUACGACAUCCAGCAGCAAAAGACGCUCGCCGAACUUACCAGCCCGCCCGUCAAGUACGUCGUGUGGAGCAUCGACGGCAGCAUGGUCGCGCUGCUCAGCAAACACACCAUCACGCUCGCCGACAAGUCGUUCGCCUCGUCCAACCUGAUCCACGAGACCAUCCGCAUCAAGAGCGCCGCAUGGGACGACAGCGGCGUGCUCCUCUACAGCACGCUCAACCACAUCAAGUACGCGCUGCCUCAGGGCGACAACGGCAUCAUCAAGACGCUCGAGCAGCCCGUCUACCUCACGCGCGUCAAGGGCAAGACCGUGUCGUGCCUCGACCGCCUCGCGCGCCCGCAGAACAUCCAGAUCGACCCAACCGAGUUCCGCUUCAAGCUCGCACUCGUCCAGGGCAAGUACGACGACGUGCUCACCAUCAUCAAGAACUCCAACCUCGUCGGUCAGGCCAUCAUCGCCUUCCUCCAGAAGAAGGGCUACCCCGAGAUCGCGCUCCACUUCGUCCAGGACAAGAGCACGCGCUUCGACCUCGCCAUCGAGUGCGGCAACCUCGACGUCGCGCUCGAGACCGCCGAGUCGCUCAACGUCGACGAGGUGUGGGAGCGCCUCGCCACCGCCGCGCUGCGCCAGGGCAACCACAAGAUCGUCGAGCGCGCCUACCAGCGCACAAAGAGCUUCGACAAGCUCAGCUUCCUCUACCUCAUCACCGGCAACACCGACAAGCUCGCCAAGAUGGCUGUCAUCGCAGACAAGCGCGGCGACCACCUCAGCCGCUUCCACAACGCGCUCUACCUCGGCAACGCCGACGCCCGCGCCAGCGUGCUCGCCGAUGUCGGUCUGCCCGCACUCGCCUACGCGGCGGCCAAGUCCAACGGCCUCGACGACCGCGCGACGGCCAUCGCUGCCGAGGCGGGCAUGGAGGAGGAGGCCGCCGAGGUCGACCGGCAGCUGAGCCUUGGCGAGGGCUCGUCCAAGCUGGCGCCGCCCACCGCCGUGUCGCAGGCGUUCCAGUACAACUGGCCGAUUGUGAGCACCGAGCAGAGCUACUUUGACCGUGCGCUCGUCGCCGGCAACGAGGGCGGUCCGAUCUUCAAGGACAAUGCGCUCAACGGCGCCAAGACGCACGACAUCGAGUCGUGGCUCGACGGCGAGGCGCUCGAAGAGUCGGAAGACGACGAGGACCAAGACGCACUCGACGCCGAGCCCGAGGACUUUGGCGAGGCCGAGGAGGCGUGGGACCUGGCGGAAGAGGAGGAGGAGGUGGCAUUGGCCGAGCAAGAGGCGGCGGUGGUGGCGCCGCUCCAAGACGCGCCGCUCGACGGACUGGCCGCUGGCAGCUCCGAGGCGGAACACUGGCUGCGUAACUCGCCCGUGGCUGCCGACCACGCCGCUGCGGGCUCGGUGGAGACGGCCAUGACGCUGCUCUCGCGGCAGGCGGGCAUCGUCGACUUUGCGCCGCUCAAGCCGCUCUUCCUGUCGUCGUUCCUUGCCGCGCGCAGCUACCUGCCUGCGGCGCCGGGCGUGGGACCGAUCGAGGUGCAUCUGCGCAGGAACAACGAAGAGAGCGACGGCAAGGUGACGCAGGCGCAUCCGGCGUCGCCGCGCUCGGUCAAGGCGCUCGCUUCGGGCGAGCUGCAGGAGGGCUACCGCGCCGUCAGCGCCAACAAGCUCGCCGAGGCCGAGACGAUCUUCCGACGCCUGCUGCACCAGCUCGUGCUGACGCCGGCGUUGAGCGAGGCCGAGGCGACCGAGAUCCAGGAUCUGGUGGUGCUGUGCCGCGAGUACAUUCUCGGCGUUUCGAUCGAGCUUGGGCGGCGCAAGCUGAUGCAGACGGAGCCAGACAAUGUGGCGCGCAACCUGGAGCUGGCGGCGCUGUUUACGCAUACGCAGCUGCAGCCGCAGCAUCAGACGCUGGCGCUGCGCAGCGCCAUGACCGAGGCGCGCAAGGUGAACAAUCUGGCCAUGGCGGCGAGCUUUGCCAAGCGGCUCGUGGCGCUGUCGCCCGCGCCGGCGGUGGCGCAGAAGGCGCAGCAGAUCAUCUCGCUCGCCGAGCGCAGUCCGCGCGAUGCGGUCGAGGUGGCCGGGUACGACCCGCUCGAGCAGACGUUUGUCAUCUGUGCCGGCUCGCACCGCCUCAUCGCGGCGGCGGGCGCUGGAUCGGUGGCGGACCCGCUCACGGGCGCACGCUACCUGCCCGAGUUCAAGGGCUCCCUCUGCAAGGUCUCGCAGAUCUCCGAGGUGGGCAGGCUCGCGUCGGGCCUGCGCAGCUUUGCCAAUAUGGCGUGUGUUGUUUGGGUGCGGGGUCAAGAUGGUGAGGGCGAUCCUGCGUUGGGCAUUGCAAAGCAACACUUUGAGCUCUCCCAACACCCGCACCUUGCCUUUGCGCCACAACCCAACCCGCAUUCACCGCUGCUUUUCGCUGGAGAGGGCAUGUCGUUCCUGCCGUCGUUCACGGCGCUCGGAGCAUCGGCCAGCACGGCAUCGUCGUCGUCGACGGGACCAACAUUCAAGCCGGCGUCGCUAUCGUACUUUACCAUCUUUUGUCCUGCACUCAAGCCACCCAAGUCUCGACGUAGCCAACAAGAGGAUGAGGAGGAGCAAGACGCGGAAGCUCGUGAGGAGGAGCGCGAAUCUGCGCAGAUCCUCUUCUACACCAGCCGCGCUCGAGCCGCGCCCAAGGAUCGAAUGCUUCGUCAGAUCGGUGUUGCAAAAGGCAUGAUCGAAUUCUGCAGCAUGGUCCAUCCAACACCCAGCGACACUGCAGAGAGGGGAAGGACGUGGAACGUGCAUUCCAGCAAGCGACGGAUGAUCCUCGUCGAGGUGGAAGCGGGCGUCUGGGUCCAUGCGAGCAUUGACCUUGCCUGCACCACCACCUCGUCACCCGAUGCCAAGCCGAAGCGCGAGUUUCACGAUGAUCUGCUUCCAGAUGCUUGGCUGGAAGAAGGCAUUCGCAGAUCGUGGACCGACUGGACGCUACUCAAUGGUGGACCUGCCCAUCUCCUCAGUCAGAACACGGGAAGGGUGGGGCUGGAACGGUCGUUGGAAAAGUACUUUUCCGUCUGGGCUUGGAGCUGGGAUCUGGAAGCUGCAACGAAUGCAGGGUCAACCAAGCAGCAUAGGUUGUUUACGGAGUGUAUACAGGCGUAUCCUGUGGUACCGCGUGGACCACGCGAAAGGAUCGAAGAGCUCAUGCGGUCUGAUGCUGCACAGCGGCUACAGAGGGAGCGCGAGAUGAUUGUACUUUCCGAUACCCAGCUUCUAUGGCCGCCAAGCGAUGCAGGCUGCUUCGACGACCCGCGCGACGCCAGACCCGAGCAACAACAAAGGGACGCAGAGCAGAUGGACGCAGCGACGAAAGCGGAGCUGCUACGGCGGGUAGUGAGCCAUCUGACGGGCUUGGAACGGGAGCGCGAGCUGGUGCGUGCGGCGGCGGUAGCCAGCACGAGCGACGGGCGUCGACGCGGCACGUCGGGUGCCAUUCGGGAACGCGGUUCGAGCAGUAGCAAGCGCGACGUGCGCACGGGGCUGCUGUCCAACGGCACGGGUGCAGGCAAGAUGCGCGUGGUGUCUUCGCCCGCCAUGCAGCAACGCUCAACGAGCGCGUCGAGCCAGGCAUCGACGACGAGCGACUCGACACGCUGGUCCAACUGGGGCGGCAUGCUGAGUGGACUCGGCAAGCUGGGCCUACGCAGCAGCGAGACGCCCGCUCGCACCGAAACACCCGAGCCCAAACCAUCGACCGAGCCAGGCGCGUCUGCAAUCUCGAUGGCGUCUAGCGGUGGCGACAGCGGCAAGGUGGGCGAUGUGGCUAGCCCACUAGGCUCGCUGCAGGAUGCGGGGGAGAAGGUGUGGAACGGUGCCGAGCUGGCGCUGCGUGGACUGGGUGCGUCUCUGGGACUGGCCAAUGCGUCGGCGAGGUCGGGGGAGGAUGGCGCGGCGACGCGCGAGACCGAGGCGACGGACCAGGAGCGGUUCGCCGACGCUUCGUUCGACACGAGUGGCGCCGAGGCUGAUGCGAGCGUGGUGACCAAGGUGUCGAUCCUGGAGCCCGAGGUGGACGUCGACGAGCUGGCAGAAGCGCUGGGAGCCGAAGGAGCCGAAGAAGCAAGCCAUGCAGAUGAAACCGCGGCGCAGCAGGACGAAGCUGAACGCGUGGCUUCGGCGAGCCAGCGUGUGGACGACAGGGAUGCGGACGCGGCGUCGAUUGGGACGAGCGCGAGUGCCAAAGCGUUUCCUUCGAUCUCGGUGACCUCGGCGGCAUGGUACAGCAAAGCGGUUGGGUCGGAAGCGACGGUCUCGACAAAUUCGCCACAGCUGCGCACCGGUGGAGAUUCGCAAGGUGCAUCGCUGGGUGGCGGGCAGCACCACGACUUUGAGCUCGACGGGUGGGGUCACGAGACUGCGCAGCCUUUCGAGAGCUUCCGGGUGUACGUCGGGAGUGCUGAGGAGCCGCUAUGCUACGAGAGCGUAUUGGCACUGCAGGAGGAGCCGUUAAGGUGUACGCCGUACCGGGUGCUCUUCACGACACGCCGACUGCUGACGAUGGUGCUGAUCGAGCGGCUCGCCUCGGACAGCGGAUCAAGGCUCAGUGUCACGUCGAAUGAUCUGUUGGACGACGCGUGGAUGGUGCUGCGACGUAUGCAGCGGCUUCUCAACGACCAUGCGCGCUCUGCACCGCCUACAAGCGACAGUGUUGGAUUCGUCCACAUCGAUGGUCUCACACAGACGAUGUACAGUACACUCUGGGCGGCAGGGGAGAAGGACGCCGAGGUGGAGGUGGUGGCGGAUGCACACUGUGUGUCUGCACACGAGCUCAUGCGUCGUCACGGCGUGCUCGAGACGUUUUCGCGCUCGAGUCAAGGCAAGACGUGGACGGCCAGUCGACAGCGGCUGCACAAGGAGGGAGGAGGUGCGAGCCAGACGUACAUGGUGCUGGCGGGCAAGAAGAUGAGCAUUGUGGAUUGCGAUACCCAGCUGCGCAAGCUCGCACAUCAGUAUCCGAGCUUUGGCAUCUGA